AUGUCGCUGCUCGCAGUUGGAACGUUUAACACCAACGAGCUCUUCACCAUCAGGUUCGAUCCUGAAAAGGAGAGUCUUGAGCUGCUCAACAUCUCUGAAGCUAAGGGGAACCACUCGUGGCUGUCGACGGCUACUCUCCCCAAGCCUGGGAAGAAUGGCGUCGCUGCAAAUGCUGUGCCGACUCACCUGUAUGCUACCUGCUGGACUCAACCUCCAAGUGUGGCUGCCUACCGGAUUCAUCGCGCUGAUGCUGGGAGCAACGCUAGCUUCGAGUUGCUUAACACGGCCGAAACUGCUGCUAGGUCGGGCUACGUGUACGUCGGCUUUCCCGAGCGAGGUCGACAUCCUGUGCUGUACACGUGUGGAGGGCCAACGGGUGAGGUGAUCGGAAUCAAUGCUGAUACAGGCGCGUUUGACUUGGCUGGAACCAAACAUGACUCGAUCAUUGCGCGGGAGGCACCUUCGGAUGGCAUCACAGGCGCCGGAUCGGCCGGGCGCAUCCAAGAAAUCGACUUUGUAACCGGCGAAUGUUCCUUGCCUGGAAAAACGCUCUCUCAGUCCAGAGAAAUCAAACGGAAAGCAGUGCUGGCAAACUCGAGCAAGAGCGACGAAAGUACAGCGACCACCAAGCUCGAUGCUUCAGGUGGAAAAAAUGCUAUGGAUUUUGGUGGUCUUCGUCAUGGCUCCCACGGCAUCGACUUGUCCCCGGAUGGAAGCGUCUGCUAUGUUCCUGACAUUGGUCGAAACUGCAUCUGGACUAUGAAUGUUGACCCUGACAGCGGUGCGCUGAUUCUCGGCGAGAAGAGCAUGGCGCCACGAAGUAACGACGGCCCGCGUCAUACCCUUUCACACCCCGAUGGGCGCUACAUCUACAGCUUGCAAGAGCACAGCUCCAUGGUCGAUGUUUUUGAACUGAUUAAAGAUGCAAAGGGUACACGCCUGGAAUGGAGGCAAGGCGUCAAAAUUAUCCCUCAAAGCGAUGACGAGAGCUUGUACUGGGCAGACGAGGUUCGACUCUCUUGUUCAGUGCCGAACCUGGACGGGGAAUACCCGCGAUACAUGUUUGCAUCUACGCGAGGUCUUGCUUCCAGCACCCAAGGGUGGGUCGCUGUCUUUCAGCUCGACAAGAGUGGCUUGGUGGUAUCACAAGAUCGCGAUGCCAAGAGCGAGCUUGGCGAUGCGCUGUGUCUGUGGCAGACACCCACAUCAGGUGGAUGGGCAAAUGCAAUUGAACCGUCUCCCACUUUGCUCUGUGGGAACAGGGGAAAAGUGCAGUAUGCUGCUCUCACAGAUAGCGAAGUGGGCCAGGUGCGCAUGCUGCGUCUUGAUGUGGAUGAUGCUACUCGACCAAAUCAACACUCAGUCACUGAGGUUGCUACUCUGUGUCUCGGCAAUGAUGCUCACGGAAGACUCAGGGAGGCUGCCACUGCGGUCUGGAUUUGA